AUGAACGCAACCGGCUCUACAGUCUUCAUCAUGAUAGAAACCGCAGACGCUCUUGCAGCAGUCAAUGAAAUUGCCUCGCUGCCAGGCGCCGAUGUACUCCUCGUAGGCUCCAACGACUUAGCUUCAGAAAUCGGUACCCUUGGUGACUGGGACGCGCCCGAUUUUCUGGCCGCACUAGAAAAAGUGGGUGCAGCUGCAAGGAAACAUGGCAAGAUGAUGGGCAUCGCGGGAUUGUAUCAUAGGCCGGAUAUACUAGAGCGCGUGAUCAAUGAGUUUGGCGCAAAGUGGGUAGUGGGUGCGCAGGAUGUUGGGUUGCUGCUGCAAGGCGGAACUGCGAACUCUGCUUUGUUGAGAAGUUUACAGAAGUAA